CAGUACUCCACGCGUUGUUGUCUGGUCAGGAUUGUUGGGAAGUUUGUGGCAGAGCGAAAAUAGUUGUACAUCAAAAAUAGAUAGGCAAUAGCAGGCAUGCGACCGUACUAUGAGGAUCCAUGUGGCUAUCCUCCUCGUCAUCACGAUGGUCGUCCAAAUAUCGAAAUUGAUGUGGUUCCCAAUUGGGGUGGCGCAUACUAUCCGCCAGCGACUCCGGCUCGGACCGAGGUUGUCUACGUAACACCAGGUGCUGGUGGCUCCUAUAUGCCCGCCCAAGUGGCUGGUCCACAGCUGAUGAUGCCACAGCCAUACGGAGGCAUGACCAUGGGUUCCGCGAGCUACUAUCAGCAGCAGCAGCAGCAAUAUCAAGCGAUGAAUGUCUCCGCUUUGCCACCCAAGUACGACCAGGCGGUGGCCUCCUACUAAUCCUGAGGGGUUUUCGUUUCACUUCGAGAUCAUUUGUAACCUUUUUGUGGAAAUAAAAACCGUUUAAGGCAA